AUGGCUUUUCUGGGGCCUGGAUUGGGGCCGCAGACACUGGAAGAGACUCUGAAGCUGGGCAACUCAGACUUGCGUUUCACGUUUGAGCGGAACGAGGUGCCAGAGGAGGUGCAAGCUCAGUUUUUUACACAUGGGGUCACAAACGUCAACAAAUUCUCUGCCUUCUUUAGAGAUGAGGCAGACUUGGUACAAGUGCUCAGAGAUGAUUUCCAUGUUGAUGCUGCAGCUUCCUUGGGCGAUCGUGCAAAAGUCGCAGCAGUGAUUUGCUCUUGGAAAGAAGUCAGUACAAAGGCAAAGAGACAGGCAGAAGUUGAAGCAGAAAUGAAUACAAGGGAAUGGACCAAACCUAUUCCUACAGGAGACUAUGUGCAGCUCCGCAAUGCCUACCAACAGGCGAUGGGGCAUUUGGAGGACAAAGUUACGCCUGCAAAGGAGUAUCUGGAGAAGAAACUACAAGAGCUGGAGAAUGGAGAGUUCAGAGCAGAGACCUUGUCAGAAGUAGUGAGCAAGGACGAAGUAGACCCAGACGUUUUGGUGCCGAUCUUUGAUGCCAAAGGAUCUCUCAGUGUGAAGAAAGGUUCUUCCACAGUAGCUUUACCCACGGGGCCCGAGCAACUGAGGAGGAGGUUGAGUGUCAUGCAAAAUUGCAUCAUGAUGCUGGCUUUGAAACAUGUCAAUAGAGAGGAGAUUCAAGACGUGGACAAAGAUGUCUUUGAUAGAUACAAAGACUACCUGCUGGGAGAUUACGUUUGGGGUCUUAGCUCAACGGACCUUCAAGGGCAACAAAUUCAGACGCCACCUUGGAGCUUGGUCUUGUCCUAUGAGCAGGCUAUCAGAAAGAGAGCCUAUGUGAUCAUGAUCAAAGAAAGGCUACAACUUGGUGCAGCCCUGGAGCAAGCUUGGAAGUGUCCGACAGUGAAAGAGAGACACUUCAUAACGCCAUUGGCGCUAUAUUCAAAGCGUUCUUAUGGAGCUUCUGCCCCGUCGGCACCUUCGCCAGGGCUUUGGAACGCAAAGGGCAAAGGCAAGUCAAAAUCCCCAAAGGGAUCCUCCAAGGGAAAAGGGAGCAGUCGCAAAGGAUCUGUUUCUGCAUGGGCCAAAAAGCUGGGCUCACGCAUGGGUAUCACAGUUCAAGUCGAAAUGAUUGACAUCAAAGUGCGUCCGAACUGGGACUUGACCAAGUCAAAGAGCAGACAAGUUUUGUUAAACAAAAUACGUAGCGGGCGUUACUUUGCAGUUUUGAUUUCACCGCCUUGCAGCACUUUUACAAGGGCGACAUGGGCGAACCAAAAAGGACCAAGACCGGUCCGGUCUUAUGUGCAGCCAAGAGGGCUACAGCGAUUGACGUGGUCGGAGCGGCAGAAGGCAAAAUGGGGGAAUGAGCUCACAGAUUUUUCUUUUGAAGUUUGUGUAGAAGUUUCAACGACCGACACAAUGUUGCUGUUUGAAAACCCGGAAGAUCUUGGAGCAGUACAACAGGGAAAUCUUUAUGGCCAACGUCCAGCCAGCAUGUGGCAAUGGCCAACCUUUUUCGAGUUGUUGGAAAAACAGGGUUGGGAAACAGUUGCGUUUUACCAGGCUGAUUUUGGCACGGAAUAUUUGAAACCCACUCGUUUACUGCUCAAAGGUUUUCAGACUCAACAACAGACAGCUUUUGUGCAAGGUAGGCCCAGUUUUGAUGAACAAGGAUUCUACGAGGGUCCUCUGACGAAGAGAGAGGCCGUCAAACAGUUGAUUGGCCAUGCAGGUAAGACCAGAGAAUUCCAUGAUGGUGCAGGUUUGGCUUCACCAGGGCGUUGGGACCUGGAACGUAGGACAUGGAACACAGAUGGUUUUUGGAAGAAACUUAGGGAAGGAUCCUUGCGUUUGGUUUUGGAGAGCUGCGGUGGUUGGCAAAAGUUUGACUUGGAGUGUUUUCAAAUGGCGGCCAAGGGUGAACAGGGCUGCAACCUGGUUAGAGAUCAGGCGUUACAGUCAAAACUGGUGGAUCUUUGGAUCACGCUUUUGAGAGAAGAGGGAUAUGAAACUGAAGGUCUUGGUGAUAUUGCAGAUGGACAGCCUUUUAGGCUGAAGCUUAUGCAAGCGUUGUCAAAACGAGCAGGAGACCCAGACCACUGUUUUCUUUUGCAAGGUCAAGAAGGUUUUCCGGUGGGGGUCCUACACCAGCUGCCUAGGACUCCUCAUAUGUAUGAGGAGCAGACGGCGUGGAAGUUGGAAGAGGAUCCAUAUAUGCGUGAAGAAAUCUGGCGAGAUAACUAUGAGUCAGUCCAGGACCAUGAGGAGUUCGUGCGAGAACACUUCAAAGCUGAAUGCGAAGAAGGGCUCAUGGAAAAGAUGUCGCUUGAAGAGGCAAAGAGGCGUUUUGGGGAUAAGAUUGCAAUCUCAUCCCUAUCAGUUCUGGUGGAAGAAGCUCAUGGUAACAAGCGACGUAUAAUACAUGAUGCAACUCAUGGGACGAAGAUCAACAACAGAAUCAAGUGCCGGGACAAACAAAGGAGCCCGGGGGCACGGGAGAAAAUGUACUUGCCGGCCUAUUACAAAGACAAGGGCAAUGUGAUCUUCAGCCUUGUGGGUGACAUUAGCAAGGCUCACCGACGUUUCCUGCACCACCCCAGCGAAAGGGGCCUUCUGGCAUGCCGAGUCCUUUCCACAGAUGACCAUGUGUACAUCAACAAUGUGGGAACGUUUGGAGUGGCUUCCGCAUCAUAUUGGUGGGGGCGCAUUGCUGGAUCAGGCCUGAGGCUGGUCCAUGAGUUGAUAGGACCGGAGAUGCCGGUAGAGAUGUUGAUAUUUGCAGAUGACUUGGAGGCGCUUGGACCAGACAGGCAAGGGAGAAGGGGUGUGGUGCUGGCGUUUCUCUAUUUAGCAGUUCUUGGUUUCCCAUUUAAAUGGGCAAAGCAGAGAGGUGGCUUGAAAGUGGAGUGGAUAGGACUUUUUGCUGAUUACACCAGCAUGAAACUUGGUCAUUCGCCCUCAAGGGCAGCUUGGGUUGCAAAAUGGACCAAAGGUCUUGCUGAAUCAGGAAAUGCAACUGCGAAGGAGAUGGAGCAGGGUCUUGGACGUUUGUGUUUCGCCGCAAACGCUCUCUUGUGGGAGCGUCCUUUCUUGGGACCCUUGUUUUCUUGGACAGCUGCGAUAAGAAACAAGAGAGGUACUCUGAAGCUGCCUGCGAUGCUACGCACCAUUCUCUUCUUCCUUGGACGACGCGUGGAGGAAGGUGGUGACCUGCAGACUCCACCACCUUUGAAGAGGAGAACAACUCCCGAUGUGGUUUUCUUUACCGAUGCAAAAGCAACGGACACUGGAGCAUGGAUAGGUGGUUUUUUGGAAUCCAGCGAGGGCGAGCUGAGGAAUUGCGAGUUGGGCUUGGAAUGGAUACCACGUGAACACAACCAACUAGCAGACGACCUCACCAAUGAGGAUUUUAGCAAGUUCCCUGGCGAGCGGAGAGUUCAAUGGGUUGGAGGUAACACCAAAUGGUACGUGCUUGAUGGACUAAUGGACAAAGCAAAGGAAUUCUUCACAGAACUUCAGAAAGCCAAGCUUGAAAACAAAGACAAGAGGAAAAGAGUUGAAGCAUAUGCGCAAGAAACCAACCUUUCUGAUGAGGAUUUUGGUGAGGUACAAUCCAAGCAGUUCUUUACUUCGCUUAUGCAAAAGAAUUCGCAUCGCUAUGAGAUGCUGGUGCUUGCGGUGGAGGCGUCUUACCUCAUUAUGUACAUUGCCUUCUUCAUCUUAACAGGACUAGAGAAGCCACGAAAGGGUGGUGCUCCUCCGUCCAAGGAUUUCUACGAAAGCUGUGUCGACAGUCUGUGGCAGAACGGAUUGAUGCGAUUGGAAAAUCGAGCUGCGGAAGUUGAUUUGCGAGGGAGAUGGCCCGCUUCUGCGAUGAAGACUUGA